GGCCCAACCCACUAACUCCAGAGUGAACUCAACCAGCCACGUUCUGUUUGGGGUUUUGGAGGCUCAAAAAAUCCUUCUCUCUCUCUCUCUCUCUCUCUCUCUCUCUCUCGCCAGGGUUUACCAUGAGCAGGUCAGGGCAGCCUCCAGAUCUCAAGAAAUACAUGGACAAGAAGCUACAGAUCAAGUUGAAUGCAAAUCGAAUGGUGGUUGGGACACUCCGUGGUUUUGAUCAGUUCAUGAAUCUUGUGGUUGACAACACUGAGGAGGUGAAUGGGAACGAGAGAACUGACAUUGGCAUGGUGGUUAUCAGAGGAAAUAGUGUGGUCACCGUUGAAGCGCUUGAACCGGUAAGCAGGGCACAGUGAUUUCAGAUUGUGGAAUGUAGUAUGUCCUAACAUGCUUUUUUAGGAGAACAUAGCUGUGUUUGUAUGAAUGAAGAUUAUGCUUUUGAAAGAUUAUAUUCAUGGGUUUCCUUUUAGGCACACUGCGGUUGUACCCAUGUUAUAUAACAAGCACUAGUUUGUUCAUAAA